CAUCGUCAUCACAGUUCUCUAUUUUCUUUGUUUUGCGUGGGUGGCCGAACUUACCGUGUAGCACGUUGCACGCCUGUCACAUGUGUGGUGCGUUUCAUCUCCUAACAAGCAAGAUCUAGUGUCACUCUGAUAGCGUGUUUUCUGCGCAUUGGUGGUCAUGUACGCUUUUGUAAAGUAUGCCGAUGGCGCCGCGGCGAUAGUGCCAAUAUCACUAAUCAAGCGUUUUCACCCGAGCGACGCGAAAGACUUCAGUGCAACUGAUGUUAAACAGGUCUUUUGGGCCGACAAAGACGGUUCAGCAGCGAACUACUACCCGGGCACCGUGCAGUAUCUUGCUGGUUCGCUGGAUGACCUGUAUGAACAGCUAGUCACUGCAAGGAAAGCAAUUCCAAGGGUUUUCAAGGACAGUGACCUAGAUGCCAUGGUCUCCUCAGCACCUCCCCCGAAAAAAACAUGCCAGGACAUUGCCAAGGCUGCUUUUAAACGAACAAAAACACAGGAUACUGAACAGGGAAAAAAGAAUAUGGUUAAGGAAGUGCUGCGAUUGCAGCAUUCAAAGGUUAUGAAGAAGAAGUCCAGGACGAGGCUACCGAGCUCUGAAUCGGAUAUAUCAGAUGAUGACGGUGCAGUUGUACCAGAACAGUAUCUGCUUGAUGCACAAGAAAAGAUUCGUGUCCUCAAGGGGGAAAUAAAGAGCCUCCGAAAGCAGCUUGAGGAGGAAAGGGCGCUGUGCCAUGAAGUGCAGCGGUCUCUGCUAGCGGAACUGGCGAGACCGAAGAGGGUCGAUGUGCUGGACCAGGAACCAUUCCUACGGGCUCAGGUCCCGAUCCAGCGAGCUCAGGCCUCACUUCAACGAUCUCAGUGCCGGCCUCCACAAGCUCAGGACACACCUCUGCAACCUGAAGCCCCACUUACACCUGUGUGUCUUUCUUCGAUGCAGCACCCAGUACUGCAUUCACCACAAGAAAAGGCCACCCCAGAAAAGUCAAUGGAGCAUCCCAAUGAGCCUGUCGCAGAAGAGCAACCAAGCUCAUGCACAGAGGACAAAACAGCAAAGCCUGGCACAACCAAUCAAGCACAGCUGCCUCCAGGAGACCAGGAGGAAAUUGCUGCUGUGUUGAACAUGACGCCUCCUCCGGAGAUGGCACCGGAUUCCUCCCCGCCCUAG